ACAAUCACACACAAUUUAUAAACAUGGAGAGAAGGUUGGUUCUUCUAACCGUAUUACUUUGUCAUUUGAUAACCACUACAGUCCGAUGUGAUGAAGAAUUCUCAAGAAUACUUUCAAGAUGCCACAAAAAUGCUCCAGAUUUUGAUGACUGUAUGAAGGGUGCCUUUAAUGAUCUUAGGGCGUAUUUUCCCACUGGUGUUCCAGAAUACAAUAUUGCACCUUUCGAUCCUCAUCAUUCAGACUAUGUUGAACAAAGACGAGGUGAUCGUAGCGGUUUGGGUGGUUUUAGUCUUAUUUUGAGGAACGUCUCAGAAUACGGAUGGGCUCAUUCUGAAGUGACUAAAUACCGAACGGACAAAGCAAACAAUCGUAUUGUAUAUACCCAACAUUUCCCAGAGAAAAGUCUUGAAGGGUUCUACGAAUUUUCGGGUAUGCUCUUAGGGAAAAAUGUAAAACGACAAGGAGCAUGGAAUAUGACUUUAUAUGAUUAUAGCCAAACAACAAGUGUUCGUCGAAUUGGAGAACCAGGUGGUCUUUUAAAAGUCCAUGUUGAAGUUGAUAGAAUUGGAGGCAUGGAAAUGCAUGUUGGAAAUAUUCUCAAUGAAGGUCGAACAGUCCUUAAUAGUUUGGCAGAUAAUGUUAUAAAUACCUCGUGGAAGCUGGGUUUUCCAUUUAUAAAACCAUUGAUCAAUGACCUUGUUAGUACAGCAUUCACUGAUAUAUUUAAUGAAUCAUUUCGAAACUUUCCAUUCGAUAAUUUUAUAAGAGAUAGUUGAUUUCUAAGAUUUUUUUGCUACAAAAUUUAAUUUAAACUCAAUGACUGUAAAUAUU